AAUGACCUGUUUAUCAAUGCCAUGUUAUAUAACAGCUUGAAUACUAUCCCUAUUUUUCAACGUUCCCAUAGAGUCUUGUCGACUAUUGAUUAUAUAUAUUAUGGUUCAUCUUUACAUAAGCUGAUCACUAAUACCUCUAUAGACUUUAUUAAUCCACAAUGGCCAGAUCAUACUUUUCUUUAUACUCAGCCUCAGCCAGCUGGGUGAGUCAAAAAUGGGCCCAGGUCCGUGGAGAGGGAAUCCAGCUUAUGCGUCCAACAAAAACUUCCUAUACAACUUGUCAGCACGACUUUGGAAAGUGUUGAAACAAGACAGGUUAUCAAAUACUAAUACUCAAUUGCUAUGGGAGGAAAUUAAAAUGACGACUAAACAAUGCAUCAGAUCAUUUAGAAUUAAACAUGCGUCCUGGCGUAAAUCAUCACUUAAAUUACUUGAAAAGAAGAAGAAUAGGUCGCUUAGACCUAAACUGCCUACGGGCAUU